GACUCACCAGUGCACAGACCAGGCUGAUGUCGUGAGCAUUGCAGCUUUCGAGCGCCCGUUAGAUGACCCGUGGCCCCGGGCGCAAUUGGUGGCAGGUGCGGAAAGGUAUAGUUGUCUGCGCUCUGCCAAGGAGUUGUCGAUUCCGACAGCAAACGCUAACCAGAGAGCCUGUGACGACUUCACCAGUGGCACUUCAGUACAUUGCAACGUGAAGUGUAUGUAGUGGUCAAGCGACGCCAUAACACAGUAACUACAAGAGAAGUUCACACAGCUGUGAAACUGUCGUGCCCAAUAUUAACGGUCACUCCAGUUACUUCACUAUGGGAUGGUGGACCUUCGCCGUCAGCCGCUCCGGAUCCGCUCCACCGACCACCGGCACGCCACUGGCAGUACCUGUCGUCAUCAUGUCAUUAGCGUGGGCUCCCUCGAUUGCACCCCUCUGCGGAUCCGAUCGCUCAUUCCUCCACCGAAACCGCACCUAGGACGGGUUCUGCGUCCCGUCCGUUCUUGCAGCCUCGGAGGCUGCUUACUACGGGUCUUAUGUCUUCUCGCUAUCUUGGUCUUACCUCGCUGCCGACUCUCCGCGUACCGUACCCCAUGUAUAUGGUACCCUCUCCGUACCUUGCCUCAACUCUGCCGUCUACACGGGCAGUCCUGUCGUUCUCGUCAUCUCAGUGCGCAUUCCCGCCCUCCACUUGCCUCUGUGCCAAUGCGACAUGUCCGCGGCUAUGUCCUCUCCCGCGCUGGCGACCACCAUGCUGCUCCUCGCUCUCCUUUGUUCCGACGUCAUAGAACGGCGCGUACACAUACCGUGACGUGCGUGCGCAGGGCACCGUUGCCAGUGAUGGAUAGACUACAGUGCGCACUCAAAGGGCAGCAUGCACAUUCUGCCUCUUCUGAUGUUCUGCCCACGUCGUGUCUCGCCACUUCUCCUCGGCAGUAUUGGACAUUGACAGUGUCCCGCUGCGUGCUCCGAGUAACGCGUGCAUCCUGACACGGGUUACACAUGUCCUGUGCUAACAUCCCUGACGUCGUGUGCAUACUAUCGGUUGCAUUCGCUUUCUCACAGACAACACGGAGUCGACAUUCAUCGCUACCGUCACGACUCACCAGCAAGCACAACUCCCGGCCAGUGGAGUCCUCGCCACCGUCACUUGCUGAAAAUCGUCGUGUCGCAUCUCUGCUUUGUCCAAUGCCGAGCAUCCUGCGUACCGAGGUACUUGAUAGCCACUCACAUCCACUUGAUAUGGUACACAGCACAGUAAAAUUUGGCCUUCGAGUCCUGAUAGGCCAUAUGUAGGCUCUCACCCGGCUCGCUCCCCAGGCGACGAGCUAAUCUUCCUUAUUAUAUGUAACCUAAUUAUAUUGAGC